CUAACAGAAGCACGAGUUGUUGGGACUGACUGAGCGGAGAUGGGUGACUGGAAGGGGUACAUCAGUGCGGUGCUGCGGGAUCAGCGUAUCGAUGACGUGGCUAUCGUGGGCCACUCGGACAAUCGCUGUGUGUGGGCAUCACGGCCUGGGGGUCUGCUGGCGGCCAUCUCCCCGCAGGAGGUGGGUGUGCUCACCGGGCCGGACCGGCACACCUUUCUGCAGACGGGUCUGAGCGUGGCAGGCCGCCGCUGCUGCGUUAUCCGUGACUACUUGCUGGCCGAGGGUGACGGCGUGCUGGAUGCGCGCACCAAGGGGCUGGACGGGCGUGCAAUCUGUGUGGGCCACACGCCACGGGCGCUCCUGGUGCUCAUGGGCAGACGAGGCGUGCAUGGAGGCAUCCUCAAUAAGACAGUGCAUGAUCUGAUUGGUGGGCUGCGAGAGCAGUGCUCUUAG